AGACACUUCUGUUGUAUUCUGACUAAUUUUGAUGUUGCAUUGUCAAACGAUCCGCGCGUUCGUUUACAUAUUCUAAUGAGUAUCUCUUUGAAAUUCCUAAACCCAGGGCCUACUUUAAGGCGAUGAAUGGUUUUCGUCGCUAAACGAUUCCUUUAAUUUAGGCCCUUUUUGUGUGUUUGUUUUGGACUUCCGGCAAUAAGCCUGUUUUGAAUACAUCACAAUACAAGUGAUCGACAAGUGAGCAGCUGAUCUUGGGAGUGACGCGAGAGAGCCUGGGCCUAGGGAGAUAAACAACAGAACUUCACGCUGUCCUUGGGUCGACUUUGACGAACAUGGCCUUGGAACAGGAAGAUUUUAGUUUGACAGAGAUAGAUCGCGAUUUGCUUUUGUGUAGAGAAAGAUUCUAUGUGUCUGGCAAUCAAGCAAACUUAUGGAUCGUCAAAGGCUCUUCCAUGGAUCUCGUAAUCGAUACCGGAGUGGGACUUUGGGAUUUGCCGGGAUUUUUAAAGCGAGCUGGCGCUAUUGGCGAUAAACCCUUUCUUGCAGUCGCUACUCAUGUUCACUUUGAUCACUCGGGUGGUCUUCAUCAGUUCGAAGAGUUUGCAAUUCAUCGGUCUGAAGCGAGGGCUAUACAGCGAGGUGAUAACUACGAAGCAUGCACGUUAAUGAACGAGAGUGAUAUUUCUAAACCGCCGAAGAAAAACUGGGCAGCAAAAGAUUAUAAAGUUAUGCCAGCCCAACCAACAAGACUUUUGGACGACGGAGACAUCAUUGACCUUGGUAAUCGAACAAUUCGCGUAAUGCACCUUCCCGGRCAUUCCCGAGGUAGUAUCGCUCUGUACGAAGACGCGACAAGAACGUUAUUUAGUGGGGACAUCAUCUACGACGGCUUGUUGAUUGACUGGCUGCCCUAUAGCAAUGUGGCUCAAUAUAUUCAAUCUUGCGAAACUCUGUUAUCGCUAGCGCCAAGUGUAGAACGAGUAUGCCCUGGACAUAAUAACUAUUUUGACGGGCACACGCUACAGAGACUUUUAUUCGCAUAUAUCUCCAACGCAACUGGCUGUCACAAGUUAGGUACGGGUUGUUUGAAAUCAGUUGCAAUGGUAGUCUUGAAAGGGCGAAACACUAACAAUGUUCCUGCUAAAUGCUGUUACUUUUCCUGCUGUUGUUGUCGCUGCUUAUGCCUGUGAAGAAAUGACCAACCUUUGCGGUUAUGUUUUCGUAAUUCAACAAUGAAAUGAAAAUUGAAAAAAAUUGACGGAAACGAAUGGGAAAUUGCAAUUGUAAAAACAAAAUCAAAUAGUUUGCUAUAUAAAUAUUAUGAAUGUCUUCAAAAAGAUAUAAAAAUGCCAAAAAAAUUGUUCAGCCCAUUUAGAUAAGUAUUGUAAAUCGAAWUAAUAUAUUUCAAAAUGAUGCUUAUGUAGUGAAGAAGUCACCAUUUUAAUAUAUUUGGUUGAUUUCUCAAUUAAAAACUGUACACAGCAAUGGCUGACUAGUUCAAACUGUUCAGUCAGUACUGUUGAAUGAUAACAAACUGAUCAAAAACCUCAUUUUUGUACCUUGGAUUAUGGAUUUUUAUUCAAAACAACAGUACAUUAUUGUUACUUAUAUUGUACUGAACAGGUGAAAGGUUACUUUUUCACUUCUUUUUCUUUUCAUAUUGCCAUUAAAAGAUUAAUAAAGUUCUCAMUACUUAACAGCUAAUUCUUCUCUAGAAUAUGCUCACACAAAAUAAGAACUUUUCAAUCUCAAAUAUAUUCACUGGUUACUUGUAAAAUUUAAAUAAAAUGUGAACCAGUGUGUCUAUGCAAAUGCAAUUGAAGCACAGCUGUGUCAGUAAUAAACAAUGAUAUCAAAAAAGCUAAAGAAGUAAACUUUAUCAGCAAUGUAUAUCUUCAACACACUUAAAAUUUACUACUCUGUUAACUGCAAGACAAUAAAACCCUGCCUAAGUUUUUAAUUAAGCUUGGAGAAGGAUUAUCAAAAAUGGCAAAUUGUCAGUAAAUCAUGCAUUUUAAUGUUUAUUAUGUAUAGGUGCUAUAUAUGUUUUGUACACAUAUUGAAAGUGUUCAUAACAUUGAUAUAUAAUAUGCAUAAAUGUCAUGAUAGGGUGCCCCAAGAUCAAGCUUAUAAUUAAACAGUCUCUAUUAUACAGCUCCUGUCAAAAUCA